UUGCUGUGCUCAUGUGAACACAAGCGGUGGGUGGUUGAUACUGCGGGGGUGUAGGAAAGAGGCGGAGUGAAGCGCAGUGACAGUGACAGUGGCAGAAUGACAAGCGGAACAAAAUGAACAAGGCGCCGGUUACCUAUGCUAUAUCUUCUACAGCUUCGCUUUGCCGUGAAUUUAUUCCUCUCUGGCUUCCCCCAUUCCCCACCCCGUGAACUACAUAGGUACAUAUUACCUUACUUGCUCUAGUUCCUCAGCUUGCCUAUGUACUAGGAAUCAUGGUAGCAUCAUUUCCGGCCAGUUCUCACAUCGACAACCCCUACCGCCUCAAUUCCGGCGAGUACGACUCCCGUUUCAGCUCGCACGCUGCCCGUCUGUUCUCCAAAACCAACGCUGUGCGGGUUAGACAUUGCGACAAAGGAUACUCGGAAACUCUGACGUCUGAACUGAAGAUCCAGGAAUACCUCACGAAGUUUCCAACAUUCACAGGAACUCGUAUAAUUCUCAUCGUUCAAGGCUACUCGUGGGGCAAGCUCCAGAUAACCGAGGACGGGUGUCGGACUCUGUUGAGUGGCCUCGGUGUCUUCAGCGAGUUUAUGGACUUGCUCCAGGCUUUCGGCACCAAGACAUCGUCUGUGGACGAAACCUUUGCCAGCCGUCCAAUCUUCCAAGGGGAAGCGUCGGGCUCAUUCCGUCUGUGCUACCUAAGCAAGCACGUCGAGCUGAACGACAGCGAACACACAAAGCAGGCGGUGGACAUCUAUUCUGUGCGGCAGAUGGGCGUGUACCACGGCUACGACGCGCCGAACCACGGACACACCUUCGUGCUCGUGAACGCGUCCCUCACGUUCCAGCAGCACUGGUUACAGGCCUACGAGAGCACACCGGUAGGCAUGCGCUGGAUGGACCUGCAUGUCGCUGUGACAUACGCCAUGACCUACCGCUGGCGGGAGUAUGUCAACCACCUUGAAGCGAAGUUUGAAACGACGCAAAGCAAGUCCCUCAGCGUCCCCAGCCACCACUUCGCACAGCUGAGCAACCACACGCCGCGCACACUGACUGGUCUGCGGGAGGCGGGAAUGAGGGGAUCAGACAUUGCCCUGACGAGCCUCUCAAAAGACCCUGGGGCGGAGGAGCCCGACGAGCACGUCUCGUUUGCAGACAUCCAGGGGCUGCAGGUACUCAAGGACACAGUGCUGUUGCUAGACCAUGUGCUGCGUCUGAACGUGGGGGUGUUUGGCGGGCUGCGGGACCGGCUCCCGGGGCUGGCGGUGCCCGGCCCCUCGCUCACCGCCUGCUCGGCAGACCCGAAGGCAGCGCUCGCGGAUUACUUCGUCAGGUUUCUGGGGGAAACGGCAGUGCAGGCUCAGCGCGUGGAGCACCUGCUGCGGCGGAUUGAGGGGGUGUCUACGUUGUUCCGCACGAUCCUCGACUUUAGAGCACUCGAGAGUGCGCGCUACGAUAGUCAGAUCAUGCUGGAACUCUCGCAGAAAGCGCACCAGGAUGGCGGCGCGCUAAAGACAAUCACGCUUUUGACGCUCGUGUACCUGCCGGCAACUUUUGUCGCGACGUUGCUUUCGAUGGGAUACAUACGAUUGACGAAAUCCAAAAAUGGGUACCUCGUUCCUGAACUUGACGAGGAGAUGUGGAUUUUUACGUUCUUAACGGUAAUCUUGCUGGUUGUGACGCUAAGUUAUCGCAAGUUCUGGGAGCGAAGACAGACACAAAAGUUCGAGGAGGAGAAAAGGAAUGGCUACAAUGCGUGAUGAUGAUGAUGAUGAUGCUGAUGAUGUCUUUUCACAGCUCUGAAUACCCGUAUAUAUACAUCAACUCCCCCGCCCCCCUCAAUGUUUCUUAUU